CCGACCGAUUGCCAACAUCCUUCGACAUCCGGUACGUGUCCCCGCUAUGACUGUUGCAUUGCUUUAUGAUGCUCUAUUCAAUACUUAUCUACAUUGUCCGACAUGAAAUUACUCAUGUUUGACGACAAAAUCUCGUCUGAACUUCUUCUGAUGUACGCUUUUUACAAUUUCAUGCACUGAUGCCCCUUCAUUUCAGGCUGGUCUAUCUCGAGUCUUUGCGGUUGACGUUGAGCAUAGGAAACUUCCUGGAGGUUGAGUUUCGCAAUUGGUCUCACCAGUACCAAAUGAAUUUUUACUUCCAAGCAGCUAAAGUGCUUGACAAACUAGAUGCGAAGCAAGGGUCUAUCAAGAGCAUCAUCGCGACCGUGAAUGAGAAGGACAGGAAGAGGACCGCCGCGCUUGUUAUCGAGACGCUGAAGUACAAGCCAAUAUUGAACGAAAUACUCGAUGCUACGAAGCUGCUCAAGGAAGAGCGGAAAAUCACUUCAAGGAGCCUUGCAUUGGUGCUCACACACGACCUCCUGCUAGCGAGCGGCAUACAAGCCGGUGAUGGACCCAUCAAGCAAGCUAUCCUGAGACACAAGACGAGACUCCACAGCGAGUUCACGCGAAUCAAGAUCAAACGCGGGGUGAAGUCGAAUAGCGAGCUUGCGCUGGGAGACGAUGCCCGAGCAGCUCGCAUCCCUCGUUACGUGCGCAUCAACACAUCAUGUUGGACAACUGAAGAAGCAAUCCCAACAUUCGUCGCUCGUGGAUUCGAACUAGCGGAUCCAUUCGCAUCAGAAAGCAGCUUCGCGCGAGAUGAGCAUAUACCCGACCUGUUGGCGUUCAAUCCACGGACGCAGUUCGUGGAUGACCUGCUGUACAAGGAGGGCAAGAUCAUCCUUCAAGACAAAGCGUCUUGCUUUCCUGCGUUCGUGCUGUCGCCUGACGACAAGAGCAUGGUCAUCGAUGCAACUGCCGCUCCUGGAAACAAGACUUCUCACCUCAGCGCUCUCAUGGGUAACAAAGGCAAGCUUUUUGCUUUUGAACGCGACAGAAAGCGCUUCUCUACACUCAAAACUAUGUUGUCCAAAGCUCAUUGCCGUAAUGUCGAAGCCGUCAACGUGGAUUUCCUGACGACCUCUCCGACCGAUGAGAGGUUUUCUCAAGUAACGCAUAUUCUGCUAGAUCCGUCCUGCAGUGGGUCGGGCAUUGUGAACCGCCUUGACCAUCUCCUUGAGACAGAAGAUGAGAACGACGCGGAGCAAGAUCGAUUGAAUAAACUCGCCACUUUUCAACUACUAAUGAUUAGACAUGCUAUGAAAUUUCCUUCUAUCCAGAGGAUAGUGUACUCAACCUGCAGUGUUCACGCCAUUGAAAAUGAACACGUGGUCCGGAAAGCGUUGGCAACCGACGAAUGCUCAAAGGGAGGUUUCCAGCUUGCGGAUCCAGCAAUGGUGCUACCUGGCUGGAAACGACGUGGACUUGCGGAUGAGAUGGGGAACGCCGCCGAGGCCCAGUCUCUGGUGAGAUGCUCUCCUGACGAAGAUGCAACGAAUGGGUUCUUCGUUUGUCUGUUCGUCAGGGUCGAGCCUGAGGAUGAGAACAAGCUCUCGGAGAUCGGGAGUCGAAAAAGGGGGGCUGCGGACAGCGAGGUCGAGGCAUCGGAUGCAGGUGAGAGGAAGCGUCGGAAGAUGAGGAAGAAAGCGAAAGCGAAUCCGGAUCGACGGUGACUGGAUGUUUCCACCCUCAUUUACUGAUGCAGUUCUGUGGGAUAUUGAAUUGCUAUCGAAUAGGCUCACACCCUCUCAAAAGGACAUAAAUGAACUAAAGUAGCUAGAGUAUUAAGGAAGCUACAAAUGAGAAGAGGGUGGUGACGUGAUCAGACGCUCACGCCCCUUGUCGAUGGUCAGUUACUA